AUUAUCAGCGCACUCUUUGAAAUUUAUUCGAAACAUAAAAUCAAUAUCAUAGAUUAACAAAAAUUAAAUAAAAUAGUGUAUUUUGCAGAUAGAAUUAUUUUUUACGUGAUAUAUAAAGUAUAACGAUUCGUAAUAUAAUAAUUAACUGACUUCCUUGUAGGAUUUAUCUGACUAUAGAAUAAAGGUGUAUUUGCACAUGUCAAACGAAAUAUUUCUCAGUAGAAUCGCUAGGGAAUUUAAAACUAAAAUAUAUAAACAGAAUUUGACAGAGUUAGUUAAGUUCAAAGAAAAACAAGAUAAAAGUAAUAAAGAUUCAAAUAAUAAUAGAAGAAUAUAUCGAACAUGACCGAUAGAUCAGCGUCUUCAGCAUCUUUUUAUGAACCUUCCUUUCAGUAUAAAGAAGAAAACAAUAUGUUACUUUAUCAAAACAUAAAACUGAUUUUGCAAGAUGUAUUACAAGGUAUAAAAGAAGUUGAUACAAAUUUAAAAAAUAUAGAGGGAGAUAUCGUUAAUACAGCUAAAUUAUUAAAUGCAAUUGAAAUAGAAUCAACAUCAAACGAAAUAUAACCACUUAUUUCAAUGUUAAAUAAUGUAUAAAUAAACAAACCAGCAUAAAUAAAGUUUUUGUACAUUUUUAAUACGUUUAUUAUGAAAUAUUCAAACCUAUAUUUUUCUUCUAAAACUUAAAUUACAUUAAUUUUCUAUAAAUAUUUAGAAAUUUUAUAUGUGCGAUUAAAUAAAACUGUCCCU